GUCGCCAUAUGAGAAAUCAGCAUAUGAAAGAGCUUGGUAAAAUGGAAUCUAUUGAAUAUCCGUGAUUAUAGUUAGAGAAUCGAGAUUUGAUUUGACUACGACGCCAAUUUCUACAACAUAGCAACAGCUGUUGAACGUUGGCUUCAAAGUGGAUAGGAAGGAGAAGAGGCAAGAUAAAGAACAAAGAAUGAGAAAUUCCGUUACACACGGUGACGCAGAAAAGGGUCCAUUUGAUUGCUAGUAGUACUUAAUGUAGGAACGUAUGCGGUGUUACAUAAUAUUAAAAGAUGGAAGGUGUACCUGAUCCUUUGCAGACAUCGGAAUGUAAAAGUGAUAGUAAUUCAUUUUAUAAUGACGAGUCAAAAUUAUGGGUGAAAGAUGAAAUUAAUUAUUUUGAAAAUUCACUCCUCGAAAAUGAUCUGGCACUGGAAUCAUCUGGGAAAAUUUUCCACGAAGAAUUACAAAUCGGCGAAGAUCUGGCUGAAUCCACCAUUGACAUACAGGACGACAAGACAUUUGUGAAAACAGAAGAAUUAUUUCUUUUACAAGAAGAUUCUGAAACAAGAUGUGAAUUUCACAAGACCGAAGACGACGAUUCCGAUCAAUAUAUGUUACCGGGGGAAGAAAAGACAUUGGAAUAUAUUCCUCUGGAAUACAAAAUUAAGGUCGUCAACUUGGCCAAAGAGCAUCCAAAGUGGAGUCUUAAAACUUUACAAAAGAAUGGAUGCUCACGUUUAAAAUCUAUGAAGCUUUUAUAUCGGUGGAAAGAAGAUAUCAAGCGUGGAGGAACAAGAAUAGACAAAUACACCGCCAUUGAUUCCUGGACGUAUGAUCGCUUUGUGGAAGCCUGCAGAGCUAAUCACCAGCAGGUUACGACUAGGGAUUUGCAGCAAUGGGCGCUGACCGCUGCAAAUAAAUUCAAAGACUUUUCUUUUAAGGCAUCUAAGAGGUGGGUCUGGAAAUUUAAAAAGAAACACAAAAUCAAACAAAGAAAAUACACGAAGGAUGUAACUGCAAUAGAAACUGCCGCGAUGGAUAUAAAGAAAUAGAUUUUCUGGGCAAACGAGAAAAUUUGUAAUCUUCCACUUACACAUUUUGUCUGAUUAAAGCUUAAGUAUUUGUAAUCAUCUAAACAAUGCCUUUUGUAUCAAAAUAGGUAUCAAACUAAACCUACGGAAGACACACACACACACCCCCAUUAAUUUACAUAAAAUAAACCUUGUAAUUUCUAACUAAAACGAUGCAACAGAAUUAAUUGACGUAACCUGUAAUUUUAUCAUGACAUUUGUAUCUGUUGCGAAAUUGAUAUCAAUUUUAUUACGUUAGACUUAAUAUUUUUUACGCUAUAAUUGACUAUACAGUUUAAAUCAGUAAUCGGAAGACGCCAAAUUAAUUACUAAAAUAUUUCUCGAAAUCAACAUUGUGGAAUAUAGCUUUAAUAUUAAUAUUUUAAAAUACAUAAUUGAGAAAUAUUAAAUUUGACAUGGCGUUUCCCGGUUGCUAAUUCAAAUUGUGUAAUUAAUUAUAGCGUAAAAAAAAUCAAGUAUUUUAUAAAAUGUAAAAUUCUUUAUCUAAUUUUU